CUCCCACCAGGUGUACAUAGUCAGACAACACUUCUGCAGCGUUUCCCCAGUUCGAUUAUUAUAUUUAUAUCUUAGCACACAUCAAGUAUCCAGAUACAUGACGUCAUACCCCAAAACGCCCCAUCUGGAUUAGUGGCUCUAUCACCUCCUUGCUGUUCAGCCGCACCGGGACUGUUACUUUUUACAAUUGAAAAGGCAUCUUUAUAAUUCACCCCUAGUCAGUGACUCGAUUGUAACAACAUGAAACCGGUUACAAUUAUCACCCUUGCGGUUACAGCUACAGCUACAGCUACAGCGAGCGGCAACUUCACCUGCAUCAAGCCAGUCAACCCGAUUCCUGCCGGUCCUCCCGGUGUAUGCUGCGAGGAACUGGUCCAGAGCCAGCUGCUUGGUUUUUUGUACACGGGCAAGACAUGUACACAUGCUAGUGAACUGUCGGAAGCCGCGGAUGGCACGACGACAUACAGCGAGUGCGAUGAGGGAGAAUAUGCGGCGUGCUGCGAUCCGGUAAGUCUGAGCUGACAUUGUGAGAAUGAAUGGAGCGAAACUGAACUGGGGAAAAUAUAUAGCUUUUGACGCAGCUGGAUGAUGCCAUUAAUGUGGCUUGUGUGCUGCCAGAAUCGGAAUCAUAGGCAAUGAGUCUGCUUUGUGCCGGAUUAUAGUAUUUAUGUGGUUGAAGGUGCU